GGCACCUUCCCCCUGCAGUCGGCAGUUGGCAGCGGGAGAGUCGGUUUGGGCGGCAGAGCGGUUUCAGUAAUUACCAGCGACGAUGGCUUUUUCGAAGUCUGCCGUGCUAGCUCAGGCUUUGAUGCUCCUCUUCGUUCCAGCAAUAUUCGGAGAGCGCGAUGCAAGCCCUGGAGACGCUGCCCCUGCGAGCCGGCUCUUCGAAGGCGCGAUCCAGGAGGCGAUCCAGGAGGCCCUCAAGCCCCUGGCAGACCUCUCGCUUCCUGCCCUGCCCAACAUCGAGAUCAAUAUUGAUAGUAUUGCAAGCGUCGCCAUCAGCCUCACAGACCUGAAGCUGAAGGGCCUCAACAUCGUCAACGUCGAGAACUUCAACACAGGAAACAAGAAUAACCCGGCAGUCCUGUACCUGAACAUGCCCAGGGCGGCGCUGACAGGGUCCUUCUCGUCAGGGGGGCACCUCAUCAAUGUCCCUGUGAACGGAGAGGGGCCCAUGAGCGUGACCUUACACGACCUGGCCAUCACGGUGUCAUUCGGCUGGGAAACCUUCAAUCUUCUCCAGCCGAAUUUGUGUGCGAGUUCCAACAGCUCUCACUCAUCUCGAAAUUUCUCCCUCAAUUUUUUCUCUCUUUCUUUAUAUAAUUGCUCUGAGAUAAGAAUCGGGAUCAUUCUGGCUACACCUUUAAUAUUCAAUAAUUACAAGAAUUUCUAA